AUGAUUGUUACUGUAUAUGCUACAAGUUGGGCUCGAAGUUAUUUUAAUACUGAUGAUUUGUCGAUCAAUGUACGUGAAAAUAAGAAUUUGAACGGCAAUGAAAAUUUAAGGCUUGAUUUGGCAUCAACUAGUCGACCUUUGCAUACUGUCGAUGUUCAAAAUCAAAAUCUACCAUUAACUAGAAAUUAUAUAUUGUCAGAUAUCAUACAGAGUUUUCGCAAUAAAAAUUGGAAGUUAGAUGAUAAAAAUGGGUUUAGUGACGAAAAAAAGAGCGAAAAACGUGGAAUGGAUAACGCGAGUGGUGGAGUUUCUGAUGAAUUUUCGAGUAGACGGCAACUUCCUGAAAAAAAGUUGGCAUUAAAACAUAAGCUGUAUGAAGAAUUAACAACUAAAUCAAGUGAAAGUGCAAGAAAAAAAGCUGAACCUCUACAGGGAAGUAUUAUUUUUGAUUCUCACGAGGAUACGGUUACGGCGAGUAGCUCAGCCAUUAUGACCCCAGAUAUUGAUGACAAUCAUAAUAAUGAUAAUUUGGAGGUAGGAUUUGAUUCGUCUCAUAAUCAUCCGCAAAUAUCAGUUACUGAUAAACCAAUAUCAGGAAAAAAAAUUGAAAAAUUGCAAGGAACGAUCAAUUCAGAUGAUAGCGAUCGAUUGAAAUACGAAGAUAAUGGUGCUGAAAUACCAAAAGCUACGAGUGGAUUAGCAGGCAGUACUAGACCAUCUAUUUCACAAAUUUCCAAUUCUGUAACAAGUAAAAAUCUAAAUGGAACAAAAAUUCCGCAUUCUGUUGAAAAUCCUAAGUUUGAUGAAAAAUCGGCCAAUGAAAAUACUUCAUUGCUCCAAAAAGUCGGCCCCGUACUGAAGAAAAAAGAAUUGCCUAAAAGUGAAGAGACCAUCAGUGGAUUGGCAGGUAGCAGUGGAACAUCAAUUUCGCAAAUAGCCGAUCCUAUAACAGGGAAAGUUAUGGAAACAGAUAAACAAACAACGUCUGCAAAGAAUAAAAAAACAGGUGACGAGUCGAGCCCAGUAAAGAAAGAUAAGCUACCCAAUAAAAAUGUAACGAAACUCAUCAGUCCAAUAUCCAUUCACUCCGGUACCCAGCUGGUAAAUUCGGAAAAAAAUCCUAAAGUGAUUAAUUUGACGGCUCCCGAAGGACAGAAAAUGUUAGUAAGCAAUAAUAAAACCCAACCAUUAGAUUCAAAAUCCAUUAAAAAAUCGAUACCAUUGAUUCAUGAAGAUGAUAAUAAAUCUAUGAAAAAGACCAAAGCUUCAAAUCCCGAAGAUAAAAAACUAGUAAAUAUUACAGUUCCUCCGAACGCUAGCACCCGUAAUGUUGCAGUGCCGAAAAGCCUUAUCGGUCCUAGCAAUGAAAAGAAAACUAGUGGAUUGUCGGGAAGUAGUGGACCAGCAAUUUCACAGAUUUUAGAUCCUGUCUCUGGUAAGAACAAAGGCAUUCGUGGAUCUUCGAGUAAUAAACAAGCCAUAGAGCCAAGUAAUUCAACAGCACCCGUGAAACAAGAUGAAAAAAUCAACAAUACUAUCGCAGCACCUGUAAAUCAUACUGGGUUAAAUAAAAAACCUUCUUUGAUUCUUAGCAACAAAACGCCAGCUGCUUCGAAGACAGUUAUUCCUGUAACACAAAAUAAAAAACAAGUUAAUGCUACUGUUUUGCCUAGUGCUAGCACUCGUGACGUUGUGGUGCUGAAAAACCAUACGGACCGCAGCAAUGAGAAGAAAACUAGUGGAUUAGCGGGAAGUAGUGGACCAGCAAUUUUACAGAUUUCAGAUCCUGUCUCUGGUAAGAACCGAGGCAUUCGUGGAUCUUCUAAUGAUAAACAAGCCAUAGAGCCAAGUAAUUCAACAGCACCCAUGAAACAAGAUGAAAAAAUCAACAAUACUAUCGCAGCACCUGUAAAUCAUACUGGGUUAAAUAAAAAACCUUCUUUGGUUCCUAGCAACAAAACAGCACCAGCUUCCAAGACAGUUAUUCCUGUAACAGAAAAUAAAAAACCAGUAGAUUCUACGGUUAUGCCGAGUGCUAGCACUCGUGACGUUGUGGUGCUGAAAAAUCAUACUGACCCUAGCACUGAAAAAAAAACCAGUGGGUUGGCUGCAAGUAGUGGACCAACGAUAUUACAAGUUUCGGAUCCUGUGUCUGGUCAAAACAAAGGCAUUGGUGGAUCUUCUGGAUCUGGAAAGGAUAUAAAGCCCACUAAUCUGACAGCACCCGUACAAAAUGAUAAUAAAAUUCACAAAAAUGGCACUUAUCCAGUCAGUCAGAUAAAUUCGAAUAAAACUCUUCCUCUGGUUCCUGGCAACAAAACAACACCGGCUCCCAAGAAAGUUAAUCCUGUAAUAAAAAAUAAAAAACCAGUAAAUGCUACGGUUAUGCCGAGUGCUAGCACUCGUGACGUUGUGGUGCUGAAAAACCAUACGGACCCCAGCAAUGAGAAGAAAACCAGUGGGUUGGCUGCAAGUAGUGGACCAACGAUAUUACAACUUUCGGAUCCUGUGUCUGGUCAAAACAAAGGCAUUGGUGGAUCUUCUGGAUCUGGAAAGGAUAUAAAGCCCACUAAUCUGACAGCACCCGUACAAAAUGAUAAUAAAAUUCACAAAAAUGGCACUUAUCCAGUCAGUCAGCUAAAUUCGAAUAAAACUCUUCCUCUCGUUCCUGGCGAAAAAAUAGCACCAGCUUCCAAGACAGUUAGUCCUGUAAUAAAAAAUGAAAAACCAAUAAAUGCUACUGUUAUGCCGAGUACUAGCACUCGUGACGUUGUGGUGCUGAAAAACCAUACGGACCCCAGCAAUGAGAAGAAAACUAGUGGAUUGGCGGGAAGUAGUGGACCAGCAAUUUUACAGAUUUCAGAUCCUGUCUCUGGUAAGAACAAAGGCAUUCGUGGAUCUUCUAGUAAUAAACAAGCUAUAGAACCAAGUAAUUCAACAGCACCCAUGAAACAAGAUAAAAAAAACAACAAUACUAUCGCAGCACCUGUAAAUCAUACUGGGUUAAAUAAAAAACCUUCUUUGGUUCCUAGCAACAAAACAGCACCAGCUUCCAAGACAGUUAGUCCUGUAAUAGAAAAUGAAAAGCCAAUAAAUGCUACUGUUUUGCCGAGUGCUAGCACUCGUGACGUUGUGGUGCUGAAAAACCAUACUGAGCCUAGCACUGAAAAAAAAACUGGUGGAUUUGCUGGAAGUAGUGGGCCAUCCGUUUUACAGAAUUCGAGUCCUGUGUCUGGUGAAAAUAAAAGCAUUAGUGGAUCUUCUGGAUCUGAAAAGGAUAUAAAGCCAACUAAUCCGACAGUACCCGUACAAAAUGAUAUUAAAAUCCACAAAAAUGGCACCUUUCCAAUCAGUCAGAUAAAUUCGAAUAAAACUCUUCCUCUCGUUCCUGGCGACAAAACAGCACCAGCUUCCAAGACAGUUAGUCCUGUAUUAAAAAAUCAAAAACCAGUAAAUGCUACUGUUAUGCCGAGUACUAGUAGUCGUGACGAUGUGGUGCUGAAAAACCAUACGGACCCCAGCAAUGAGAAGAAAACUAGUCGAUUGGCGGGAAGUAGUGGACCAGCAAUUUUACAGAUUUCAGAUCCUGUCUCUAGUGAGAACAAAGGCAUAAGUGGAUCUUUCGGAUCUAAAAAAGAAAUGAAGCCAACUAAUUUGACUGAGCUCGUAAAACAAGAUGAUAAUAUUGCAGAUACUGUCAAGGUACCCAUGAAUAAAACUAAGUUAAGUAAACCUCAUCCUUUGGCUCACGACAAUCAAAUCACAGAUAUGCCGAAGACAGUCAUUCCUGUACUACAAAGUAAGAAACCAGUAAAUGCUACGAUUUCGCCUAGUGCUAGCAUUCGUGACGUUGUGGCGUUGAAAAACCAUACUGACCCUAGCAAUGAUAAAAAGACCAGUGGGUUGGCUGCAAGUAGUGGUCCAACGAUAUUACAAGUUUUGGAUCCUGUGUCUGGUCAAAACAAAGGCAUUGGUGGAUCUUCUGGAUCUGGAAAGGAUAUAAAGCCCACUAAUCUGAUAGCACCCGUACAAAAUGAUAAUAAAAUUCACAAAAAUGGCACUUAUCCAGUCAGUCAGAUAAAUUCGAAUAAAACUCUUCCUCUCGUUCCUGGCGACAAAACAGCACCGGCUUCCAAGACAGUUAGUCCUGUAAUAAAAAAUGAAAAACCAAUAAAUGCUACGGUUAUGCCGAGUGCUAGCACUCGUGACGUUGUUGUGUUGAAAAACCGUACUGACCCUAGCAAUGAUAAGAAAAUUAGUGGGUUGGCUGCAAGUAGUGGACCAACGAUUUUACAAGUUUCGGAUCCUUUGUCUGGUAAACGCAAAGGAAUUGGUGGAUCUUUCGGAUCAGGAAAGAAAAUAAAGCCAACCAAUCUGACAGCACCCGUACAAAAUGAUAUUAAAAUCCACAAAAAUGGCACUUAUCCAGUCAGUCAGAUAAAUUCGAAUAAAACUCUUCCUCUCGUUCCUGGCGACAAAACAGCACCGGCUUCCAAGACAGUUAGUCCUGUAAUAAAAAAUGAAAAACCAAUAAAUGCUACGGUUAUGCCGAGUGCUAGCACUCGUGAUGUUGAGGUAUUGAAAAACCAUACCGACCCUAGCAAUGAAAAGAAAACUAGUGGUUUGGCUGCAAGUAGUAGACCAACGAUUUUACAGAUUUCGGAUCCUGCGUCUGCUAAGAACAAAGGCAUAAGUGGAUCUUCGGGUAACAAAAAAGUCAUUAAACCAAAUAAUGUGACAGUACCGAUAAAACCAUCUUUGGAAAAAAACAAAAAGAAUUCAGAGCCUUUACAGGGAAUUCCUUUUAACGAGUCUGCACCAUUGAGCGUAGGAAACAAAACUGCAAAUAUUCCAAAGACAAUGGACUUUGAUGUACUUAAUAGGUUACCCGUUAAUAGUACGAUCAGGCCAAAUGGUAGCAUUGUUGACGUUGUGGGACUAAAAAACCAUAAUGACCCUAAAAAAGAAAAGAAAACCAAGAUUUCUGAUCCCGUGUUUGGUAUAAAUGAAGGCAUAAAUGCAUUGUCUGCUACUGGAAAAGACAUUAUUUCAAGUAAUUCGACAGUGUUAGUAAAGCAUGAUAAAAAAACCGACAAAAACGAUACUGCUCACGUAAAUCACACAAAUUUGAAUAAUACUGAACCUUUGGGUCCUGGUAAAAAAACGGCAACAACUCCAAAGACAGUAGGUUCCGAAAAACAUAAUGAGAAACCAGUAAAUUUGCCGAGCGCUAGCAUGCGUGAUGUUAUAGUGCUGAAUAGUAGUACCGUUCCUAGUGUUGAGAAGAAGUUGAGUGGAUCAUCUGGUGCCAGUGGACCAUCUUCUACGUUAUCUGAUCUUAUAUCUGGAAAGAUUAAAAGCAUAAGCGGAUCUCCAAUCACUGGAAUAGAUAAAAAGCCGGUUCAUCUGACGAAUCCAUCUGAUAUAUCACAAUUGAAUCCCACUCGUCCCACUAAGAUUGUCAACAUUAAAUUUAGUGGACCUACAGUGGUCAAUGUUGUUAAAUCGAAAGAUGGGUCACGUCCCUUCGUUGUAGUCAAUGUUCCCUAUUAUCUACAAUAUCCUCGCAGUUUAUCAUCUCAUUCUCCACCAUCAACAAACAAAAUCAAUUCUCGGUCAGAUGAACUUAUUAACACCGAAGUUUCGCGCGUAAUUAAUGAUUCUUUCCAGAAACAGGCAACUAGUGUUUUCGAUUCGUACAAUGAUAAAACAACUGCAUCAUUCGACUCAACAGAUUAUGAUUUGUCUGGUGAUUCUGUAGUUGGAAUUAAGGAAAACAGUGGAAUUCCAACAUACCCUUCUAUGAACAGACCUCCUUUAAAUAGCAUUAAGCCUGGUUUGAACAUUAUCUCGAGUACUUCUUGUGUACGUGAAAUAGGCGAUGUUUUUCUGGAUAAUUUAACAUUGAUACAGCUUUAUGCCUCUGAUAGACCUCAACUGGACGAUAAUUACCCUGGAUAUAAAAUUACGUGUAUAAGAUGUUCGUCAAUUUCAAAUGGAUUGAGAAAAGAGUUGGGACUGACCAUUGUUCGUAGUGGAAAUGGAUGUAGAUAUAUUUUUGACCGAAGGGAACUUGAUCUCUCUAAUCUUUUGGGAUACUGCCAAAUAUUCGGUAGAAGAAGAAGGUGGAAUGAUCAGGCUGUACUUCCUUGUUAAACAUGAAUUUAUGACUUAUAUGU